AUGAUCCUGAUGAUGGCCAUUUCCAUGCCUCUUUUUGAAGAACGCACUGCUCAGCGCUAUGGCGCCACCUACAAGGAAUCGCAAAAACACGUCACUGAAUGGGCGGACGCUUUCAUCAGGUCUUACAACGAAGAUGAAGACCUGGGCCACGAGAUCAAUGGCAUAAAAACGAAACUGCAGAGAAGAGAACAUCUAGAGUCAUCUGGCGUCGAUGUCUCUAGAAUCCCAGAGCUUCAGACUCCGGAUCUUAACUUCUACACUCUCAAUGGCAUGGAGACGAGACAUACGCGGCUUCACGCGUUCCUGCACUUGUGGCUUGAUCCAUAUGGGGCUAUCAGAAUGUCACCUGGCCAAAUGCUCAAAUAUGUGGGGUCUGGGGGAGGUGGUGUCGAGUAUCUGAACAUCCCUGUCAAAGACGGCGAAUUGGCUGCCUAUCGUUUCCUUCGCGAUGUGAUGGACCUCGUCAAGAAAAGGGAGUUGAGAUGCUACAAUUAUCUGUACGACCGACCGGGUGUCACAUAUCCAGCAGAGUUCGAGUGGCUCUCCGAUGAUGAAGAUGAUGCUGCAUAUGCUGCUAUCCAAAACCGAAAGCAAGCGGCUCAAAAGAGGAAAGAAGCUGCAGCUGCCCAACAGAAGGCGAAGGCAACACAGAACAACCCGAAGGCAACCCAGAACAAGUCAAAGGUCAUCUCAAAGACCACUUCGAAGUCUAGCUCUGGCGAGAAGACUCGUGCUAAUGCCAAGGUCUCCACAAAGGACCAGUCCAAGCACGAUCAACCUAUUCUCGGUGGGCGAAACGGUAGCGCUCGGGUUAAGGACGAGCCAGCCGGCCCGAAAGCUCAGGACCCCGCAGAUAAAAAGUGCAAGGAAGAUGACUCGUGUACGUGCGGUGCACCUCGUUGUCCUGGAUGGAAUGCCUUCAAAUUUUCUUGGUCUGAGGAUGAGGCGGUCGAGUCAAAGACUACUCCCAAACUCGAGGACGACAAGACCCAAGGAUCGAAUCACAUGAAAGGAGCUACAAAGACUGGUGCCGAUGUUGCUGUGGACUCUAUCGAGCAUGAAGGGAAGUGCCACCUACCGGAAAGAAGCAACUCUUGCUCUUCUACUGAGCCAGAGUCAGGCGAAAGCAGCAAAGCGCAGACAACAACACCGGCAACCACCCCCGGAAAAGCCACCCCGGAGGCCGAGGACAAGUGCGCCAGCUGCGACGUCACUUUGAAAAAGGAGACCAUGAUUCAUGGCCGUUGUGAGCAUCGCUACUGCGUGGACUGCGCUGCGACAAUCCUGGAAGGAACACUGGUGGACACCAGUACCUUCCCCCCACGAUGCUGCCGCGAACCCCUUGUCUUUGAAAAUAAGGAAGACCUGUUUAACCCUAGGCUCUUCGGCAGGUAUGAGCUGGCGAUGAUCAAGCACAAGGAUCCUAAGCCGCUCUAUUGCCACGUCCAAACCUGUGGGGCCUACAUCAUUCCUGAAGCCUACGGCAAGUGCCAUCUCUGCGGUGCGAGGACUUGCAAGAAGUGCUUGCGAGAGGAACACUAUCGCGCAUGCCUCCCCCUGACGCAACAACCGACGAUCACAAGUUGA